CACAAGUGUGACUCGAUCGCCUUAAAUUCCAAUUUGCAGGCUAGCUAGUCAAAAGUUACUCCUACCUAAUUAUUAUGCAUUUUUCUUUUUAUUGUCUCAUAAUUGCCAUUCAGUGCUGCUUUUUCUGUUUCAAGAUUGAUUCCAAGGCAGCCAUAGCAGACCCCAGAAGAUAUAGUCCGAAGCAAGCUUCCUUCUCCCUUUCCAAGUCCGCACCCACUCUUUCCAUCUCAACUCUUACAGUUUCUGCCCAGUUUCAACUAAUUCUUAUAUUGCUGUUUCUCUCAAUUUCCCUCCCCUUUUCAGUAUCCACCAAAUUCUCCAUGUUGAUAUUAUGCAAAUCCUACGUUGAUCACUUCUCCAUCUUCUUCUUCCUCUUCAUAGUUGUCAAAUUUCUCUCAGUUUCAGUCUCUGGGGACACCUUCUCUCCUGCUGAUAACAUUCUCGUCGACUGUGGUGCCUCUGGCAACUCAACAAGCCUAGAUGGCCGUCAGUGGACCGGAGAUGUUGGGUCAAAAUUCAUUUCUUCUUUUGGAUCAAUUGAUACAAGCUCAGCCUCUAAAGCUCUUGAUCUAUCCACAUCCGGUCACCCAGUCCCAUACAGGACUGUCAGAGUUUUUCGUUCUGAAUUGAAAUACACUUUUCAUGUUCGUUCAGGCCAGAAAUUUAUACGCUUGUACUUCAACCCCACUUCCGUCCAGGAGCUCAAUCAUGGGUCUAAGGCCUGUUUCAAUGUCACAAUUGGUCCCUUCACUCUUCUCAGUAACUUCAGCCUUUCCUCUUUUGCUGAUUCCUUUGUUAAAGAAUUCUGCAUGAACGUAGGAGAGAAUCAGGUUUUGGAUGUAACUUUUAGACCUGAUACUUCAACUGCUGCAUAUGGGAGUAUCAGCGGAAUAGAGAUUGUGUCCAUGCCUACUAAUCUUUAUUAUACUGGAACAGGACAUGCCCUCGGUCAGUAUCUGCAGAACUACACAGCCCUUGAAAUGAUUCAUCGAUUAAAUAUAGGGGGAAGCUCUAUAUUUCCUGUAAAUGAUUCAGGCAUGUUUCGGAGUUGGACUGAAGACAGUGAUUUUGUGUUAAAUCUGCCUUCCACACAAAAAUUUACCAGUACAACAACUCGCAUCAACUUCACAGCAAUUCCUUCUUAUGCUGCUCCAAGAGUGUUGUUCCAAACCGCCAGGUCCACGGGCAAAGGGAUGAGUCUUACAUGGAAAUUAACUGUAGAUUCAGGAUUUAAGUAUCUUGUCAGACUUCAUUUCUGCGAGCUGCAACAGAAUAUAAAAAGGGGAGACAGGGAGUUUCAAAUUUUCAUUGCAAAUAGAUUGACCGAACCUUCUGCCGAUAUAAUUAGAUGGGCUGGGGGAACUGGAAUUCCCGUGCUCAGGGACUAUACCGUAAGGAUGUCAAAUCUCAACCAACUCUCUGUUGUUCUUCAUCCUAAGGGCAAAUCAGAACCAAUCCUGAAUGGAUUGGAGUUGUUCAAGAUCAACAACACAGAUGGCAAUCUUUGUGGACACAACACUAAACCUCUCAUUGCUGCAGUUAUACCUAGACCAACAGAUAAGCCAGGCAAGAAAUCCAAGAACAUGAAGACAAAAAUCAUUCUAGUUGCUGGUGGAGUUACAACUGUAGUGAUCAUAGUAUUACUGAUUGUGGGCUUCACAAUUUGCUGGCAUUUGAAAAGAGCAAGAUUCAGAGAGGAUAAUAUGAAACCUCUGCCUGAAGGAAUUUGCCGACUGUUUACAGCUGAAGAGAUCAGAAAUGCCUCCAACAACUUUGACAGAGAUCUAGUAAUCGGUGAUGGUGGGUUUGGUAGAGUAUUCAAAGGAAACAUUGAUAGUGAAAAUACACCAGUAGCCAUCAAGGCUCUGAAGCCAACUUCAACCCAAGGGUCUCGGGAGUUUUGGGCAGAGAUUGAAAUGCUUUCAAAGCUUCGUCACCCGCACUUAGUAUCUCUGGUCGGAUACUGCAAUGAUGAAAGGCUCAUGAUCCUCGUAUACGACUACAUGGCCCAAGGAACACUACGAGAUCAUCUUUAUCAUACUCAUAAUCCUCCGCUGUCCUGGAAGCAAAGGCUAGAGAUUUGCAUUGGUGCUGCUCAUGGAAUAAAAUACCUUCAUACAGGUGCAGAGCAUAGUAUCAUUCAUCGGGAUAUCAAGAGCUCAAAUAUUUUACUUGAUGAGAAGUGGGUCCCCAAGGUAUCUGAUUUUGGACUGUCCAGAUUGGGCCCUACGAGCAUGUCUCGCAGCCAUGUCACCACAGAUGUGAAGGGUACAUUUGGGUAUUUAGAUCCUGAGUACUAUUUAACGAAUCAUCUGAGUGUAAAAUCUGAUGUGUACAGUUUUGGUGUAUUGUUAUUUGAAGUACUGUGUGCCAGACCAGCAGUGGAUAUAAGGCUAGAGGAGGAGCAACACAGCUUGGUUCAGUGGGCCAGGAAGCAUGUUAAAGAAGGAACCCUUGAUCAGAUGAUUGAUCCCAAUCUGAGGGGUGAAAUUGCGCCAGAGAGUUUGAAGGUGUACUCAACAAUUGCAGUCAAGUGCUUGCGAGACCAGAGAAAUGAAAGGCCCACAAUGUCAAAGGUGUUGAAGAAACUUGAACAUGCACUGAGGCUGCAAGAAUGUGUUGAUGCUGCAGCGGAGGAGGGAAGUAUGCAUAGUGAGCAAAGUUCGCUUCGUGGGAGCAGCAGCCACAGCGGUCUUAUAGUCCAUUCUUGUCCAGCAAUUUGGCAGAAAUCUCCAAGAGAACCUUGCAGAUUUUUCAGUGACAGGGCGAGAGUUAAUAAUAAGCGGGCCAAACCUGCUUCUUUACGAGGGCUCAGGGGUUUAGUUUUUGCAAUUCUCGGAUACAGGUCUUUGCAACGUGAUAAAGGGCACUCUCCAGGUUCAAGUACGUGUGAGCCAGAUUUGACAUCAGAGAAAAUGUUGAUAGAGAUUACGGCCCCUCCACCACCUGCAGAUCAAUAAUGGUUUCUCAGAGAAUCAAAUGUUUAUAAUUAAUUAGUUAAUUAAAGAGGUUUUAUGUUUCACUAAAAGCAGUAAUGAAAAUGUGUAAAGGUGAUGGAAAAUGAGGUAAAGCAAGCUAGUGCUUUUGGCUUUUUAUUUUUUCGCUUUUCUCGAAACAAAUCAUAUACAAUUUAAGUGCUCUACAGAUUCCUCCUCA